GGCGGAAGCUACGGUUCUUGGGCACGGGAGAGGGAUGCAGCCGAGGACGUAGUGAGCUCGCAGUUUGUUGUUGAGACAGCUUCGUACUUACCCUGGAACACACUGUGUAGCGUAAGCUGACCUCAGACUCCUGAACAUCCUCCUGCCUCAGCAUGGGAUUACAAACGUGAGCCAGCACGCCUGGCUUCCGUUGGUUUUAUUUUGUUGUGGUUUUGUUUUGAGAGCGUUUCGUCAAGCCCAAAGUGGCGUCACUCCUUUGGUGGAGGACACCCUUGAUUUGAGCGCCUGUUUCUCUUUCUUCCACCUCCGAACGCUGAGCUCAUAGGCCGGCGCUCCCACACAUGGCUUCUGCUGCAUGUUUAAGUAGUUUCCACUGAGUCCCUCAGGAUACGGUCAAGAAAGUUCUCCAAAACAAAGUGCCUGAAUUCAGCAAGGGAUGGCACUGGCCUUGAUCCACCCUAGCAAGCGUGCAUACUCUUUGGCUCCCCUGGGUCUGAAGGAGGAGCUUCAGGGAUUCAGAGUUGAAGGAAACAGAAAAGGCCUUGGGCAGGAGCCAUUGAGCAAACAGUUCAGGCAGCUGCGCUAUGAGGAGAGCACUGGACCUCGAGAGGUUUUACGCCGACUCAGGGAGCUCUGCAGACAGUGGCUGCAGCCUGAGACCCGCAGCAAGGAGCAGAUCCUGGAGCUGCUGGUGCUGGAGCAGUUCCUGACCAUCCUGCCAAGAGAUCUGCUGGUCCAGGUGCUCGAGCACCACCCAGAGACUGGGGAGGACCUGGUGGGAAUACUGGAAGAUUUGCAGCGAGACCGUGGAGAAGCAGGACAGCAGAAGGACCCAACCCAAGGAAACAGACAGACUGUGCUGGUCCUGCCUGAGCGUGAGGUGCGGAAGCCUGAGCAUGAGGUGUGGAAGCCUGAGUGUAAGGUGCAGAAGCCUGAGCAGGAGGUGCAGAAGCCUGAGUGUGAGGUGCAGAAGCCUGAGCAGGAGGUGCAGAAGCCUGAGUGUGAGGCGCAGAAGCCUGAGCAGGAGGUGCAGAAGCCUGAGCGAGAGGUGCAGAAGCCUGAGCAGGAGGUGCAGAAGCCUGAGCGGGAGGUGCGGAAGCCUGAGAAGAACAAGGGUAAGGAAACAAGGAAUGGGAGUGGGAAGCUUGUUAUAGUGACAGACCAUUGUGGAAGAAUCAAAUCAUCUUGUACAACAUCUAAACCCAUGGAGUCCCGCAGUGAGAACUUGCACUUCAAAAAGCAACCAACCAUGCCCAAGGAGAAAACUAGCAGCCAGUGCUUGGAAACUAAGGAGAGACUUGUCCAGCACUCAGCCCUGACUGAACACGAAAGGGCACAUACAGGAGAAAAGUCUCGUGAAUCUGUAGUGUGUCAGAGUUCUGUUCCUACUGAGCAACAGGAAGUCCUCUCUAAAGAGAAAGGUCACCCCUGUCAUGAGUGUGGGAAAGUCUUUCAGAGGAGUUCACACCUCAUCAGACAUCAGAAAAUCCAUCUUGGUGAGAAGCCUUACAAGUGCAAAGAGUGUGGAAAAGUCUUCAGCCAGAAUGCAGGCCUUUUGGAGCAUCUCAGAAUCCACACUGGAGAAAGACCCUAUCUGUGUAUCCAUUGUGGAAAGAACUUCAGAAGAAGCUCUCAUCUUAAUCGACACCAAAAAAUCCACAGUCAGGAGGAGCCCCGUCAGUGCAAGGAGUGUGGGAAAACCUUUAGUAAGGCCCUGCUCCUCACCCACCAUCAGAGAAUCCACGGCCGUGCCAAAAGACAUUAUUGUAACGAGUGUGGGAAAGGCUUCAGUUUGACUUCCGACCUUAUUCGACAUCACAGGAUUCACACUGGAGAAAAACCUUUCAAAUGUAAAGUGUGUCAGAAAGCCUUCCGUCUAAACUCACACCUAGACCAGCAUGUCAGAAUCCACAAUGAAGAAAAACCCUACCAGUGUAGUGAAUGCAAAGAAGCCUUCAGGCAGAAGUCAGGUCUCUUUCAGCAUCAGAGACAUCACCACAAGAGCAAACUGGCUUGACGAGGUUCUCUGUUUGAGAUAUUGGAAUGUUACAUUGACAAGCAAACAGUGCUUUUUAAAAAGUCACCUUGGCAUCAGAGUUCUUGGGGGCCAAAUUGGAAGCCAUUUGCCUCCAUUGUUUUUCUCUCCUUUGGUUUAAAGCCAUAAUGAGACUAUCAUAAUUUCACUUUAGGUGGUGGGAUCAGAGUUAAACAAUUCUUCACUAGAAGACUUCUCAGAGUUUUUAGUGUGAUAAGUACAUGAUUAUUUAUUUCUAAGUAAUAGCCUCAUGUAUGAAUGAAAUCUUUGAAAUCAGCAAGUCAAGUGCCUACAGAUUUAUAUAGAAUGAGAGCAAGCUGAUUAUUUUUGCAAGUACUAUAGCAGCAGGCUCCUGUAAAGUAAAACUAAUGAGGGUUGGGGGGAUGGUUCAGUGGUUAAACCAGUUGCUAUGCAAGUAUAAGGACAAUAUUUUGGAUCCCCAGCCCCCAUGUAGAAGUCAAAUGGGUAUAAGUCAAAUGGGUAUAGUGGCCUGAAUGUGGUCCUACCCCUCAGGAGGCAGAAUGGAAUCUUUAGGGCAAGUGGAUUAGCCAGACUAGCUUUAUCAACAAUCAUGGAUUCAGGUGGGAGAAUUUGGAGAGCAGUUGGUGGAAUGAUCAAGGAAGACUCCUGAUAUUAAUCCAAUUGCACAUGCACCCACGCACAUGUCUACCCCACACAUGCAAACAUCACACACACACACACACGCACACACACACACACACACACACACACACACA